AUGUAUGAUUUCUAUUAUGAUUUCAUCAAGUCAAACUAUGGUGAAAGCGCUUCACUAUGUUACUCUGAUACAGAUUCGUUGAAACUGCAUAUAAAUACUGAUAAUGUUCAUGAUGAUAUCAAAGAUAAUUCAUUCUGGUUCGAUACAUCAAAUUAUACAGACAAGAAUAUCCAUAACAUCCCCCAAACCAAGUCUGUAGUUGGAAAAUUCAAGGAUCAGUAUAGUGGAACCCUCAUAGAAAGUUUUUAUGGUACAGGAGCUGAAGCUUAUUGCGUCCAGCUAAGCCAUAGUGAAACAUAA